AUGGUAUCUUUCAAUGUAAAAUCUUUAUUUACGAACGUUCCGAUUGAAGGCGCUGAUAGAGCUACGUUAUGGAAACUAGAGAGUGACCUACGCUUCCCUAAUCACACAACUUUAACAGCUGCACAGAUUGCUGACCUUCUAAACUUUGUUUUAAGGUCCACAUACUUUCAGUAUGAUGGAGCAAUUUAUGAACAACAAGAUGGUGCUACUAUGGGAAGCCCAGUUUCCGCAGUCAUAGCUAACCUCUACAAGGAGGACUUUGAAGAACAGGCACUAUCAUCCGUGCCAACCACACCAAAGAUCUGGAAACGUUAUGUUAAUGACACUUUUACCAUCUUAGAAUGGAAUGAUGUCAAAGACUUUCUACAGCACCUCAACACUCAACAACCAUCGGUU